AUGUACGAAAGUAUCAUGCGGCUUGUACCAGGCAGUAUAUUAUCAUCAUCAUUCAAGUUAAAAUCUUACAAUGAAUAUGCGUUUGCUCUCACCGCGAUUCUCUUUGUAACCAUCAGCAAUAUUUGCGGCCAAAAUUACUACCCUGGCCAAAGUGGACUUGGUCACCUUGUGCACGAAUAUCGGACUGCUGCUGCUGUGAAGGAAAUUACCACUUACUGUGCGGCGCCGGACCUGACCGAAGGUGCGUAG